AUGUUGCGAGAAAAACCAGGAGAACCAGAAUGGGAAGAGUUGGAUCGAAAAAACGUCUCCUUGUAUUCAAAUCUGUCACAGUGUUACUUAAAUGUCGGCAACAUGUAUGAAGCUGCUGAGACUGCAAGUGAGGCUGAAGAGGAUCUUAAAAGGUUGGCACAGCUGUCGAACAGUGAACCGUUGGUGCAGUCUGAACUCGCAGUCGUGGCUCAAAAGAGAGCCGAAUUAGCCGCCAGCAAAAAAGAGACCUACGCCAAGAUGUUCAAAUAG